GUUCUAAAUUAGACGGAUCAUGUCUCGAUCGUUAGUCAUUUGGGCCUUAGCUUUGCUAGUGGCGCUGUUUGCCAAUACGGCCAAUUCGCAACACAAUCCCCAUUGGUGGAGUGGUCGCAAUACUAUUGUGCAUCUAUUCGAAUGGAAGUGGAAUGACAUUGCCCGUGAAUGUGAGGAGUUUUUGGCACCCCGUGGAUAUGCUGGUGUCCAAGUUUCGCCUGUCAAUGAAAAUGUUGUAGUCGACAAGCGACCAUGGUGGGAACGCUAUCAGCCCAUUUCGUAUAAAUUGAUAACUCGCUCUGGCACGGAGCAAGAAUUUGCCGAAAUGUGUCGUCGUUGUAAUGCCGUAGGCAUACGCAUUUAUGUCGAUGUCAUUUUGAAUCAUAUGGCCGCCGAUCAAUAUAAGACAGCUGUGGGUACUGAUGGUUCAUCAGCCGAACCGGGUAUGAAGAUAUUCCCUGCCGUACCCUAUUCAGCCUUGGAUUUCCAUGAAACUUGUGAUAUAUGGGACUGGAAUGAUCGCUACCAGGUUCAAAAUUGUGAAUUGGUGGGCCUUAAAGAUCUGGAUCAGGGCAGUGAAUGGGUGAGAGAUCGUUUAGUUGAAUUCUUGGAUCAUUUGGUGGAGUUGGGUGUAGCCGGUUUCCGUGUGGAUGCUGCUAAGCAUAUGAAAGCGGAUGAUUUAAGGAUUAUCUACAAUCGCGUACGCAACCUCAAUACCAAUCAUGGCUUUGCCGACAAUUCCCGCGCCUUCAUCUUCCAAGAGGUCAUCGAUCAUGGCCAUGAAACUGUCAGCAAGUAUGAGUACAAUCAAUUGGGUGCUGUUACCGAAUUCCAGUUCUCCGAAGAAAUUGGCCGCGCUUUCCGUGGUGGCAAUCAACUGAAAUGGCUUAAGACCUGGGGUCCUGAAUGGGGUUUCCUACCCAGCGAACAUGCUUUGGUCUUUGUGGACAAUCACGACAAUCAACGUGAUGGUGGUCAUGUCUUAACCUACAAAACUUCGAAGCAAUACAAGAUGGCCACAGCCUUUGCUUUGGCUUACCCCUAUGGCAUUAGCCGCAUUAUGUCUUCCUUUGAUUUUAGCGAUCGUGAUCAGCCACCACCACAAACAGCAGAUGGUCACAUUAUUUCACCGACCUUUGAUGCUGCAACUGGAGCUUGCACCAAUGGCUGGGUGUGUGAACACAGAUGGCGUCAAAUGUACAAUAUGGUUGAGUUUAAAAACGUAGUAGGCAACUGGGCUGUCAACGAUUGGUGGGAUAAUGGUGACAAUCAAAUUGCUUUUUGUCGCGGCGGCAAUGGUUUCAUUGCCUUCAAUGGCAACAAUUAUGAUUUGAAUCAGCGUUUAAUGACCUGCUUGGAUGCUGGUACCUAUUGUGAUGUGAUUUCGGGCUCCAAGGUUAAUGGUAAAUGUACCGGUAAAACCGUGGUAGUGGAGACUUGGGGCUAUGCCCAAAUCUGGAUUGGUGCCAAUGAAGACGAUGGCGUUUUGGCCAUACACAAGAAUUCCAAAUUGUAAGUGCAAUAACAAGGAGGGAGAGCAGAAAAAGAAAAAUAUUUGGAGCUUAUAAACUGUCAAUUUCCUGAUAAGUCAAUAAAAUUCUAACAGCAAAA